AUGGUUUUCUUGCACAAAAAGGGAAUCUGUUCUAUUGCAUUGAUAUCGAGAGAGCUGCUCACAGACUCGUCACCGGCAAAUGCACCGAGAGGCCGCCUGAGCCUCCGCCUCUUAGGCUUCCUCGCCGGCGCCUCCUGCCGAGAAGAAAUGAAGGGCCCGCUCGGGGCUGCUGGAGAGGGGUGGAGGGGUGUGGUCGCAGGCGCAGCAUAUUCGUAUUCAGACCGGCGGCCGGCGAUGAGGAGAUCGGCGGGAGGAAGUGCUUGCGGACAUUCUAAUCGUCGAAUUUUCGCUAGAGACCUACUGCGUCGCGGUGGAUGCGUGGCGGAGGCGCGGUGGAGACACGGCGGCAGCACGCCUGCUGGUGAAGAUGAUGGUGAGAAGUGUGCUGAGUGUGUGUAA